AUUGUCAACAACAGCAAGAAGCAUCUUCCACGCACCACACCCACUCAUAUAUAGCCACCCACUCUCCAUACAAAGAUUUUCCAUUUCUCUCUCUUUUUCUAUCUUUUUCUUCUUUUCUCUCUCUCUCUCUCUCAAACAGAGAUAUGAGGGAAGACGACUGGGUUACAGUGGCCAUGAGUGAUGACACGCUCGUCGUCCAGCUCCUUUUGAAGCUAAGCCAAGCGGAACCGCCGUCCCCCCCACUGUUCAAUAAGGGCGGCUCUGCGCCGGCUUUGCAGUUGCACUGGACCGUGAGACAACCUCGCUCUAAGCACGUGCCAAGGAAGAAAGCCGAUGCCACUCGGGCUAGUCCCACCACGCCGCUUUCUUGGAGCGGCGGCACCUCUGUUAGCGGUUGCGCAGCCGAUGGAUUCGAGGAGUCCAGCUUCCCUGCCAAGACAAUUGACAUCGCAAGAUCUAAGGUUGCCGUUGCCAGUGAAACACCAGCCACCAAGAGGUCAAGAAAGAAAAAGACCCUACCCGAGCUUAAAGAGGAGGAAAUUUUAUUGUUGAAAGAAAGAAGAAAUUUGAAAAAUCAACUGGCAAGCUUGCGGAUUACUUUAGAGAAACAGAGAGCUGCUAAUGAAAGCUUGAAGAGAUUGAAGCUGGAUUUGUUAUCUGGGCAUACCUCACAAAAAGAUACAGCUGCUGUUAAAACUGAAGAGGUUAAUUCAAACCAACCAAAUCAAAGAAAAGUAUCCUGUGAUUAUCCUCCGUGUUCAAUUAUGCCAAUAAGUGCAGCAUGCAAUAAACUUGAGCCAUCUUCGCCCAAUUCUUCUUUCAAGAAAGAAGAGGUUGGAGAUCAGGAGCUUUCCUUCGUGCUACCUGACCUAAAUCUUCCUGUUGAAGAUAACUCGGGCCCUGAUGUUCUAUAUGGGAUUAGCUGAGAAGAAUCACUUAUAUACUGGUAGUCUUCUUUUCAAAUCAAUAGCAGCAUUUGUUCUUUUAAUCUGCAGUCCUAACAGCAUCACAAAUUGAGUUAAUGUAAGUACUAUAACCAAUUAACUUCACGGCAUCUUUACCUGGAUGCGAACUCUGUUAUUUAUACUGAAAGUACUGAGGGGUAGUGUAGAGAUCCUAAUCAUUAGUUACAGCUUAGAUUCUUUCUUUGAGCAGAUUUCUACAUUCAUCCAAAUUCUUUGGGGCCAACCAACCCUCCUUCCUUCUGCUUUCUUUUUAGGAAAUAUUAACAGAUAAGUUGUAAUUACUCCAUAAAUAAUCACAUGUUUUGGUACUAUGUGAUUUUAACUAGAUGUUUCAUCGGUUUUCAGUUUAUUUAUUUUGCUCA